CCAGACAUCGUCCGCACAAAACUUAGGGUUUGGUUCCACCUUCCAAGCUCACUGUUGAUCAGCUCAUGAUCCAAUGAUCUCUCAUUUUCUGGAUAAAGCAAAGCAGCUCUUUCCCUUGGACGGCUAUACGGCAUCUGUUCAGUGGUUCAGUGCUUUGACUAACCUUCAUUCAAACAAGGUCCUUGUGGUGGUGAAAGUCCUUUCUGCUGCUUCAGGCAGCAAUUACAAGAGGAUAACAGAGGAGUCGAGCGGUGGUAGCAAGGACGCACUGAAUACGUUUGGUUGGGGCCCAAGAAGAAGCGGUGUAGUCAAUCAUGGGGACUGUCUAUGAUAUGCAAGCUCUGAAGGCGUAUGUACAGGGGCCUUCAAGUCAGAAUAAGGCAGACGACACUGUGUUGCUGAAUGUUUCCCACAGCAACCUGAAGCAGCGCUUCAUGGAGCUGCGAUUUGACCUCCACACGAGCAUUGAGGGCGUAAAGGAGCGCUUGAGAUCACACUCUGGAACCGCUGUGGAGUCCAUGGUCUUACAACUCCUUGAUGAGUCUGGCAAGAAAGUUGCGGACCUGAGCGACAGCGGGCGGCCGCUGGGCUUCUACUCUCCUCAGGAUGGUUAUCGGAUCCACAUCAUCGACCUUGACCCUCAAUCACACUCUGUGGGAGGGUGGCUCGAGGACACCUCGUUGGUGGAGAAGUACCAGAUUUCUGAGGAAGCAUACAACAAAAGAGAAGUUACGUACAGAAAGUUCAAGGAGACCAAGCUAGCUCAGGAUCCAACAUGGACAUUACAAAAGGAACUAGCGGAGCGGAACGGGGAGGUGUAUGUUCCGAAAGAGGCUCCGGGUCCCGAUCACAUGGCGGAUCUAGCCGAAGGCAUCAAGGUGGGUAACCGGUGCGAAGUCGACCCGGGGGCGAAGCGGGGGGAGGUCAUGUUUGUGGGCAACAACUGCAAGGGCCUGCCCCCGGGGUACUGGGUUGGGGUGAAGUACGACGAGCCGGUUGGCAAGAACGACGGCAGUGUCAAAGGGGAGCGCUUCUUCACGUGCGCUCCAGGGUACGGCGGCAUGCUCCGACCGGACAAGGUCAAGGUUGGUGACUAUCCGGAGAAGGACCCGUUCGAAGACGAGGACGAUGAGAUUUAGGAACGUGCUUUUCGGUCUUUAGUUGAAGGCAGGGAUUCAACGAUCACUUGAAGGAGCGCCUUACUGUGGUUGUUGAACGAAGCCGUGUUACCACUUCCCGUGGAGCGAUGCAGACUUUACUUGAGAUCCUUGUGCGAGGGGCAUGAAAAAUCUGUUUUCGUCAGUGCA